AUGGCUGUACUGGAUGCAGAAUAUUACUUGAGUAUGCAGAUACAAGUGAACUGGUGGAGCAAGGCUUCCAUUUGUCCUCCAACAAGGGACCAUGUGUAUCUAGGCUCCCUUUUGCCUCUGACAAGUGACCAGGUGGAGCUAGGCUCCCUUUUGCCUCUGACAAGGGACCAGGUGGAAUUAGGCUCCCUUUUGCCUCCGACAAGUGACCAGGUGGAAUUAAGCGCCCUUUCGCCUCCGACAAGCGACCAGACAAGUGACCAGGUGGAGCUAUGCUCCCUUUCACCCCAGACAAGUGACCAGGUCGAGCUAGGUGCCCAUUUGCCUCCGACAAGUGACCAGGUGGAGCUAGGCUUCCUUUUGCCUUCGACAAGGGACAAGGUGGAGCUAGGCUCCCUUUUGCCUCCGACUAGUGACCAGGUGGAGCUAGGCACCCUUCCGCCUCCGACAAGUGACCUGGUGGAGCUAGGCUCCCUUUCGCCUCCGACUAGUGACCAGGUGGAGCUAGACUCCCUUUCGCCUCCGACAAGUGACCAGGUGGAGCUAGGCUCCCUUUCGCCUCCGACAAGUGACCAGGUGGAGCUAGGCUCCCUUUCCCCUCCGACUAGUGACCAGGUGGAGCUAUACUCCCUUUCGCCUCCGACAAGUGACCAGGUGGAGCUGGGAUCCCUUUCGCCUCCGACAAGUGACCAGGUGGAGCUGGGCUCCCUUUCGCCUCCGACAAGUGACCAGGUGGAGCUAGGCUCCCUUUCGCCUCCGACAAGUGACCAGGUGGAGCUAGGCUCCCUUUCGCCUCCGACAAGUGAACAGGUGGAGCUAGGCUCCCUUUCGCCUCCGACAAGUGACCAGGUGGAGCUAGGCUCCCUUUCGCCUCCGACAAGUGACCAGGUGGAGCUAGGCUCCCUUUCGCCUCCGACAAGUGACCAGGUGGAGCUAGGCUCCCUUUCGCCUCCGACAAGUGACCAGGUGGAGCUAGGCUCCCUUUCGCCUCCGACAAGUGACCAGGUGGAGCUAGGCUCCCUUUCGCCUCCGACAAGUGACCAGGUGGAGCUAGGCUCCCUUUCGCCUCCGACAAGUGACCAGGUGGAGCUAGGCUCCCUUUCGCCUCCGACAAGUGACCAGGUGGAGCUAGGCUCCCUUUCGCCUCCGACAAGUGACCAGGUGGAGCUAGGCUCCCUUUCGCCUCCGACAAGUGACCAGGUGGAGCUAGGCUCCCUUUCGCCUCCGACAAGUGACCAGGUGGAGCUAGACUCUCUUUCGCCCUCUGACAUGUGCCCAGGCCCAUUCGCGUCAUGUCAAUGA